GGCGGCACCCGUGGCUGAGAAGGAGGCCUGAGAGCGACAUGUCCCCGGCGGCCGAGGCAGAGCGGCCCGUGGUGCUGUUUUUCUGAGUCCGGGGCGGCCUCGCGGCCGGCUGAGGACGAGGGUCGGCGGAGGCUGCCCCCGCUGUGGUGGCCGCCAUGCUGGGGGCCCGGGCGGUUGAGGGAGCCGCCGUGGCGCUCCUGCGACUGCUGCUGCUGCUGCUGCUGCUGCUGCUGCCGCCGGCGCUCCGGGGGCCGGGGCUCGGCGUGGUCGGCUCCGCGGGGGCCGGGCUACCCGAGAGCGUCAUUUGGGCCGUCAACGCGGGCGGCGAGGCGCAUGUGGACGUGCACGGGAUCCACUUCCGCAAGGACCCUUUGGAAGGCCGGGUGGGCCGAGCCUCUGACUAUGGUAUGAAACUGCCGAUCCUGCGUUCCAACCCAGAGGACCAGAUCCUAUAUCAAACAGAGCGGUACAAUGAGGAGACUUUCGGCUACGAAGUGCCCAUUAAGGAGGAGGGGGAUUAUGUGCUGGUGUUGAAAUUUGCUGAGGUCUACUUCGCACAGUCCCAGCAGAAGGUAUUUGAUGUGCGAUUGAAUGGCCAUGUCGUGGUGAAGGACUUGGAUAUCUUUGAUCGUGUUGGGCACAGCACAGCUCAUGAUGAAAUCAUCCCUAUGAGCAUCAGAAAGGGGAAGCUGAGUGUCCAAGGGGAGGUGUCCACCUUCACAGGGAAACUCUACAUCGAGUUUGUUAAGGGGUACUAUGACAAUCCCAAAGUUUGUGCACUCUACAUCAUGGCUGGGACAGUGGAUGAUGUACCAAAGCUGCAGCCUCAUCCAGGACUGGAGAAGAAAGAGGAGGAGGAAGAAGAAGAAGAAUACGAUGAAGGGUCUAAUCUCAAAAGACAGACCAAUAAGAAUCGGGUGCAGUCAGGCCCCCGCACGCCCAACCCCUAUGCCUCGGACAACAGCAGCCUCAUGUUUCCCAUCCUGGUGGCCUUCGGAGUCUUCAUUCCAACCCUCUUCUGCCUCUGCCGGUUGUGAGAACAAAUACCAUCCUGAACUGGGUGGAGGGGUGAGGGAAAGAAACCAAACAUGUUGGUUUUGGUUUCUGUAUUUUUCACAGUGAUUAACAAAAAAAACAAACAGACAAAAACCACACACAAAAAUUAAAGGAGAAAAAAAGAGGCAGAGUGGGUAGAGAGCAGCCCUCAUCCACCACUGGUCCCAGCCCUGCUUCAGUCCUUAUGCUCUCUUUGUGGCUGGCCCCAGCCGUCUCUUUCCUCUCCAGGGUACUUAGGGCAAAGCGGAUCCUACGUGUUCAAGGAUCCUCGUCUGCACACCUAGUGGAAAGGACUCUGAACCCAGAGCAGACACAGUUCCUUUUUUUAGGUUAGAAAUUAACAGCAGGGAAAUGUCAUCUUACUACCUGAGAAGACCAGUGCUGGGAGUUGGGUAUGUUCUGAAGUGACGUCCAGAUAAGUUUUCAGAUGCCCUGGGAUUGAAAGUGUGUGUGCUUUGUGUAUGUGUGAAGGUGUAUAAUUUGUAUGAUAAAGAUGAAAACAGAGGGGGAUUAAACAGAAAAAGAAAGAAAAGUAGAUACUUCCUUACUUGGAAGCCUUUCUGGUUUCAGCCUAAUGAUGGUUCCACCUUAAGUGUUUGCGCUUUGUCAUUGCUUGUCUCCCUGACAUGUGCCAGUUAGAGGACUGUCUGGUAUCCAAGACAAAUAGUUUAUGUCAGGUCCUCAAGUUGCCUCUGACUUGUUACCACAACAAAUCAUUUUAAUUUCAGUGCCUGUUGGGGACUUGAUUUCCUCUCAUUUUUCCCCCCUUAAUCUGGCUCAUUUGAAAUCUCUUCUCUCCUAGUCAUCCUGCUAAGUUAUUGCCAAGAAGGGAAGGAGACAUGGGGAUUUGGGGUUCCCUUUGCUUGAAUGUCUUAUCCUCUACCACCUCACCUUGUUGGUACUUCCCUCCCUGGAUCUCUGAGCCAGCAGCCAGGAGGACCUGACCUAGCAGUUCUUUUACUGGCCCCUCUGUAGGGUCUUGCUGCCAGGGGACAGGGGUGCUUUCCAGCCUGCAGCAACAGAACACUUGACCUUAAAAGUCUCUUCUGGUCUUUGGAUUAGAAAAGGCUUAUGUUAGCAUAACUUAAGAGCCACCUCAGAGACUUGAGCCCUACUAAGUGACUGACCCCUGUUUAGAGUGUCUAGUAUCUGAUGUUCAUUUUUUCCCAUCUUACGUCUGUGGCACAAGUCAACCGGUUUUGGUUUAUGCCCAGGGCUGCCCCACAGAACUAGACUGAUUGUUUGUAUCUGGCCCAGGGGUGCCUCUCACUGAUCUUAAUAGUAUGCCCCUCUGCCCUUUCAUCUCCCUAUCCAAGUUACAGUUGAGUUCUUGGUGUGAUGGGGCUGAAAGAUUUCCAGUCAGCCAUAGUCCUGGCAGCUCUGAAGCCAACCUUAGCAUCUAAGUGUCUGUCUUAAAUUCCCUGGAAAAACUUCUGCAGGAAAUGAAGCUUCCCUGUUCUCUUCCUUUCUGGUCACUGUUAUCCUUUUCCCAGUUAGGGCAGCAAUGAGGGAGGACCCAGCCAAGCUACCCUUGUAGCUUUUCUGUGGAUGGAAGGCAACAGGAUUAGCUUCUGCUUGGGCUGGAGCAGCAUAGAAUCUCAGACAAGGCUCAUCAUUUUAGAAUGUGUUUAAUUUUGUCUUUUAUUUUUUUUUAAUGUUUUAAAGAGCUCCAUAUAUUUGAACUGUUUGUUAUGUGACAAAGUAAGUAGGCUUUGGGCUCAUGUCCUGGGUUUUGACUCUUGAUGAGUUACUCUGGGCCAGCAUUUAGUCCUUUGAGAGUUGGAGCCCUUUAUUUUAGCUGUGACUUAGGCCUCAGUAGUAGGGUAUUGAGUCAGGCAUCUGGAUGGCUGUGGCCUGAGGCCGCAGUAAGAGGAAUACUUCUGGAGUGCUUCACAAAGCUCCCUGCUUUAAAGGAUGGCAUCCUAUGGCCUUGGUCCUGGGGAGCCCCUGCCUGGGGCAGUGGACAUCCUGACUGUUGAUUGGGCUUCCGACAGUGGCUUCAGUUCGUCUUCCAUCAGAAGUUCCCACAGCUGUAGGCCACUGCCAGUGAAGUAGACGAGAUAAGAAAGGAGGAUGUGCUGCCUCCAUUUUGCCUUGUUUGUUAGUUUGCCUGGGUCUCUGAGGAAGGAGGGGUCCCGCCUCCUCACCUCAACCCAUCCCUUCAGUGACUCAGAGUCUCAGAAGGAAACCCUGGCUCCUGGGGCCAUUUCCUAAUGGUACUGUAAGCCAAGCAGCUUUGCUUCCAAGCCCACCCCUGUUUCCAAGCCCACUUCUUUCCCCUGAGCUCAGGGAUAGGGAUGGGCAUUUUCCUCUGCUUGUGUCCAAAAGGAAGGAACAUCCUUCUGUGGCUCACAAAAACUAAAGGAGAAGUGAGGAAACAGGACGAAGUAUGGUGGGGGCCCGGGAAGAGUCCCCUGGAGCCAAGCCCACCCAGCUAACAGAGCUGCCCAGGGCCGGUCACAGCUGGCCCAGGAUGCUGAACUUGAAAGCUUGUUUUUUGUUUUUGUUUUUGUUUUUUUUGGCUCCUCCAAGAUGAUAUAGGUACAUGAAGUUUAGGUUAAAGGGGUGGGUUGGGGCACUCUGUAUUUUUAUUUUUGUAUUGUGUGUGUCACAAAUUACUCUGUUCAUCAUUUGCUUUUUGCACUGUUCGUUCCCCUGCCUGUAUUUUGAGCUAGUGCGAGGACCAGGCAGCCAUGCUGCCGGGAGUCUAUCUGGGGUUGGGAGGUGAUGAGGGAUGCCACUGAGACCUGGGGAAAGGGCUAUCUGGGCACUUCUACUGGAUCCACGCUCCCCUAGGUUUUUAGAUUUCCCUGACCCCAGCUGGCCAAAGCCAAGAACAGAUGGCCAAGAUGAAACUCCUUUUUUGGUUCAGUUUCUGGGUAGACCACACAAAGAUGUCUGCUGGGGAUGGGCUGAGAAUCUGCAGCCUAGCUCUGAUUUGGGUCAGGGGCCAGGUGGCCGUUGUGGGUUUUACUCACGCUGACUGAAAUGUUGUGCCAGGAAAUAAUCUGUGGGACCCAUGUCCCCUAAACCAGGUCCAUUUUCCCACAAAGUCUCCAUUAUGGAGGAGAAGCUGCUCAGUGGAUAUCUUGAAUUCUGGUGACUUGAAAGAUGGUUCUCUUCACGUGUCAGUGGGGUCAGACUCCCGGGGGGGCCAUGGGGCCUACAGGGCCACCGGCUGGUUUGAGAGUGUGACCUUCUUCUCUUUUUCCCACUGUUUGCCUAAGAGAUACUGGCCUGAAAUUGGGGGAUCACAUUAGAGGUCAAUUAGACUUUGAAGAGCUGAGGUGAAGUUUAGGUUUACCUCCCCCUUUCUGUGCCUGGAAACUGUUUAAUCCAGUUUCAGAAUUGUGUUUUGACUUCUUUAUCUUUUUGGAGAAGCUUCUGUUUUAAGGAAUUUCUCUUCCUUCUUAUCCUGUCUUUACUUUCUCCUGAGAACGCCUGGCCAUGGCUUCUAGAAUCUCAGUUGAACUUCAGAAAACAGCAGCAGUAUUUUCCCUUUCCUAGCAGGUACACUUCUUUCUCUAGAAAUUGGCUCACCUUGGGAAGCCCAGGGAAAGAGUCCACAAGUUCUCUACCCUCCCUGGAUAUUGGGGCAGGACCCACCCCCGGUCAGCACAGUGCCUUUUCCUCUCCUGCUCUGAGCCAGGGUGGGCAUUCCCUCUAGAUUCAGGUCUGGGCAGGGGUCUUACAGUCCCUGCCAUGGGGCUGCUUCCCCAUCCCUCUCUCCCCUUCCCCUUUGCUGGCCGGCUCUGACCUAAUUCAAGUGUCUUCUUGCCUCGAGGAGCCUUAAUGGCAUCAAGUGGCAACAUGUAGUAUUGUCCUCCAUGCCUCUCCAAAGGGCCUAGGAGAGCAGGUAAGCUUUCCAAACUGAGAGACUAACAGAUGCUCCUGUUCAAAAAGGAAGGAGGAGGAGAUGCUUUGGGCCGCCUCCUGCUGCGGCCCUGGGGAAGGAGCCUGGGGUAAGGCUAAGUGAUAGUGCAGAAGCAGAAUCAGAAACACCUGGGAUGUGUUCAGAAAUCUUAGAAGAAGUUUGCUUCUCUUCUAUGGAAAGAUCUAAUUAGGGUUCAAAGAGCUCUAAGAAAAUUGCAAAGAAACCUUAAUGUUCAAGCUUCAGAGAGAUCAGAGUAAUUUCUCCCUAUCCGUCCGAGCUCGGACUCUUUGUGUGUUUAGACCUCUCCUGGGGCAAGAGGGCUAGGUUUCCUCAUUUUAUUAUGAGACCAGAUUGGCAUCAGUGGGUCAGCUGCCCAGCUAGGGCGGGUUUCUUUGUACAAGGGUGGCUUGCUGCCAAUCUAGUUUGUCCUUCCCCAGCUGCCUUUUGGCUAGCCUGCCUUCGGUUGCCAGAUCAUUCUGAUAAGAGCAGGUGAUGUGGGGACUGGCUGGGUUGGCAGGAAAAGAGCAGGAUGGAUCUCUUGGGACGGUCCCCUCCCACCUCCCCCGUCCCCCCAGGAGUAUAAAAACAAGGAGCCAGGAUUGUGCUGGCAGCCAGGGAAACAGUAGUCCUGUUAGAGUUGGCAGGGAGGGCCCUGGCACCUCUCACAUCCAUGCAGGCUUGUGAGAUGGGGGCACAUAGCACCAGGAGAAGCAGAACUUCAUUCUCACCUCUAUUUUGAGCUUCAGUGCUUUAUUUCACUAUGAGGGAAAACAACAACAAACUGAAGUGUGCUUUCCGUCCUUUCAAAGGACAACUGUCGGGAAAGGAGAGCUGAGUUGCCAGGUGGGAGGGGAGAAUUGGCAGGGAGAUCUUCACGGCAAACCAGGAAUGAGGCGUUCUUGACUCUUCUCUUCCCUGGUGUGUCAUGAUCCAGGGAAUGAAAAAAAAUUUGACCCUGGAUUAGUCCCCUCCUUGGAUUUUCCUUCCACCAUGUUCUCACACGCUAGGACCAGCUGCCCAUUCUGAGCUCAGAGCAGCCUCUUCAACCAUUAUCGGCCUAACCUGGCUUGUCAGGAAACCCACCCCGCCCCUCCAGAUUGGGCCUGGCUGCUCUAUUCUGUACCAAGUACUGGAGAAUAGUGUCAAGUUCGUAGUAGCCCUGGUAGCUCCUAGAUUCCCAUCCUCUCCCUGCGGAAGUCAAACCAACUCUUUGUCUGUAGCCACAACAUGCAUUUACAGCAGCACAGUGAGGGGCUUUGAACCUGGCUGGCCCGGGAAAGCAGUAGGGGUGGAUAGAGCUGUCUUUCCUUCUGGGCUGUCUCCAUCUGUCCCUACCCUUUACAUGCCCCGCCCUACUCCCACCAAAAAGUAAAAAAAUCAGGAUGUUUUUCACUGUCCAUUGCUUUGUGUUUUAAUAAACAAUUUGCAGUGACACUCUGUUGAGAUUGAGUUUGAAUUUGAUUGCAAAGAGGUGAAGUGAUGGGGUGGGAAAAGGGAGACCCCGGGGGCUCACUUGGCCGCGAAGGGCUCUCCUGUGACAAGACUAGGGCUUUUGUCCAUUUUAGCCGGGAUGUUUGUUUAAUGGAAUGAAGUUCUGUAAAACUCUGCCUGGCCAUUUCAGCCAGUAGUGCAUUCAAGGAAAAAUAAACAGUUGUUUUGUUUCCA